AUGAUCAACGAAAAAAAACAAAAUAUUUAUUUAAAUGAAAAUGAAAAUGAAAAUAAAACUGAAAUAUCUCAAUUAGAAGAGAAUAAUAAUCUUAAUUCAAAAAAAUCAAAUGAAGAAAAAAAUAAUAUUAAUAAUUGGAACAACCAUAAUAAUAUAAUAAUUGAUAAAAAAAAUUUUAAAAAAAAUAAUGAAGAAAAAAUUAAUGAAAAUAUGAAAGUAAAAAAUAUAGAAGAGUCUUUAGAUAAUAUUAAAAAUGAAAUUACUUCAUCUACAGAUAAUAAAAAAAUUAAAAAUGUUUCAAAUUUUAUUAAAAUGGAUAUAAAUAAUGAUUUAAUAAAUGAAAAAAAUAUAGAAAAAGGUAAUUCCAUUAUAAAAUCUGAAAAUAAUUCAUUUAAUAAUACAGAAAAGAUAAACAAAAAAAAUGGAAGGAUACUUAACGAAGAAAAAGAUGUUGAAGAAAAUGUAAUAAGUGAAAAAAAAAAUGAAGAAAAAAAAGUGAUAAAUAAAAAUAUUUUAGGAAAAGAAGAGUGGAAUAAUAACAAUAUACCAUAUUCAUAUAAAAAUAAUGAAUCUCUAAAAAAUAACCUGGAUUCUUUAAAAAGAAGUGAAAUAACAGAUAAAAAAUUUAAAAAAAAAGACUUAUAUUCCCAUAAUAUAAGUACUUUAAAUGAUAAUUUUCAAAAAGAUUCAUAUUUAUCUGAGAAAAAAAAAAGUGAAAAUAUUGAUGAAGAAAAGGAUGAAAAUAAAAAAGAUCAUUUUCACUAUAUUAAAGAAGAAAAUGGAAAAGAUGAUAAAAAAAAUGAAAUAAAUUUUAAUAAUGAAUUGGAAAACGAUGGAUAUGAAAAAGAGGACAAUUUUACAGAAAACAGUAAUAGUAACUUGAAAAAAAAAAUAACACUUUUAAAAAGAAAUGAAAUGAAAUAUGAAGAAUAUAUUAAUGAAAAAUCAUCCAUUAAUAACAAUAACUUUAAUAACAAUACAAAAAAUGAAAAAACCUUAGAACAAAGAGAAAAAGAAUAUAAUAAAAUCCGAGCUAGAAUUUUUUCAAAUUUUAAUAAAAAAAAAAAUAUUAUAAAAUUAGAAGGUGAUAAUGGAAAUAAUAAUUAUAUAAAUAAUAUUCCUAUUAAUAUGCCUAAUGUAGACCCUUAUGCAUAUAUGAAUAAUUUUUAUAAUAUUUUUCCAAAUAAUUCUUUUAAUCAAUUUUAUUCACAAAAUAAUGUUCCUGUUUGUAAUUUGAAUAAUUCAAGUGAUAUACCUUCACCUUAUUAUUUUCCUGAUAAUAAUAUCCCAUAUUCAAAUUAUAUGUAUAAUCUUCAAAAUCAGCAAAAUUUUAUGAAUAAUAGUGCGUUACAUCCAUUUAAUAAUAAUAUAUCUAAUAAUAAAUAUUUUGAUAACUAUAAAAAUAAUAAUUACUUAAGUAAUAAUAACAGCAACAAUAACAAUAAGACUUGUAAAAAUCUUAAUAGAAAUUUUUAUGACAUUAAUAAUACAAUGUAUAAUAACCCUUAUGCAAUCAAUACAUAUUUAAAUGAUAUGAAAAAAAACAAUUUGAAUAAUAGUAUUUAUCCUCCAAUGAAUAUAAAUAAUAAUUUAAACCAAGAUUGUAAAAAUCAAGUAACGAAUAUUGAUCAGCAAAAAAAUCCAUUUCCAAUUAAAAAAGAAUUAAAUUCUUAUAAUUCAUUAAAUAAUAAAAUAAAAAAUUCAAAUAAGGAAAACAAAAAUUUUUAUUAUAACAAAAUUGAUAAUAAUUCAAAUAAAAAAAACUUAAGAAUAUCACAAAAAAAUAAAAAUAAAAAUGAUGAGUUAAGUAAUAAUUUAUCUACAGAAAAAAAAAGAGAAACAAAUAAUAAUAAAGAUAAUAUUAAUAGUAAUAAUAAUAAAGAUAAUAUUAAUAGUAAUAAUAAUAAAGAUAAUAGUAAUAAUAAUAAUAAUGAUAAUAAAAUUAACAAUAAUAAUAAAACUAAUAACAAUAAUAACAACAAUAACCAUAAUAACAAAAUUAAUACUAAUAAAAAUGAUAAUAAAAUUAACAAUAAUAAUAAAGUUAAUAACAAAAAUAACAAUAGUAAUAACAAUAAUAACAAAAUAAACAAUAAAACUAAUAACAAAAUUAAUAGCAAAAAUAACAGUAAUAAUAAUAAAAAUAAUACUGUUAAAGCCAAUACUAUUACUAUUAAUGACGAUGAUGUUAAUAAUAAUAAAUAUAAAAUAAAUGAACAAGAAUACAAUAAAAAUGAUGAAAAGUAUAAUAAUUUAAAAAAAAAUACAAAAUCCUCUAAUAAUAAUAAUAAUGAUUAUGCACAAGAGAAUAUAAAUAGUAUUCAGUAUAGACUAAUUAAUAAAAAAGAAAAUAUAACAACAAAUUUUGAAAAAAAUUAUAAAAAAAAUAUAUAUUCAAAUGUCAAUGUAGAAGAUAAUAAUUCACAAGAAAAAAUUCAUCAUGCAAAUACAAAAAUAGAAAAUAAAAAUACCAAUAUAGAAAGACAAAAAGUUUCUUAUUUAAAAUCAGUUAGAAGCAUUGCUGAUAAGGAAAAUUAUAAUAUAUCAAAUAUUUAUCAUACAGAUGAAAAUCAGGUAGUUUCAUCAGAACUAAAUAAUAAAAAAGAAAUAGAUUUAAAAGGAAAAAAGAAAAAAAAUACAAAUAAAAAAAAAAAGAAAAUUACACAAAAUGAUGUUAAUAAAAUGCCCAUUAAUAACAUGAAUAAUGCAAUGUAUUUUUCGAAUAGAGAUUUUCAGAAAGAUGAUAAUAUGUUAUUUUUAUACAAUCAUAAUAAUAAUAUGCAAAACAAUAAUUUUAAUUAUAAUUUGAUUAAUUAUCCAUAUCAAGUAUAUUAUGCACAAAAUAUUGUGAAUGAUUUAGAUUACUGUAGAGAUAUAUCUCUGUAUGAAAAAAGAUACGAUAAAGGAGAUAAUUUAUUACAUAACCAUAAAAGAUAUGAUAUUGAUUUUCCUUCAUUAUAA